AAAGAAAAAAAAAAACCCAAAUUUAAGAGCACACUCAUUUUGAGUCAUUUCUUUGCUUAUAAAUUUCCUCCAAAUUCUUCACCGAAAUUUUGUAUUGGCCAAUUUUCCGAUCUGGGUUUUCAGUCUUCUUCUUCUUCUUUCUUACAUUUUGUUCAGUACCCAAUUCAAGACUAGCUCCUGUUUUCUUCUUAGUCUUCUUUUUCAAUCCAUGCACUUGAUAAAGCUCGAGUCUUUGGGUCAAUUUGGAUUCAGAGCCCUCUGAAAAGUGAUCAAGAUUCGAUCUUUUUGAGGCUAAUUGCGUGAUUUCGAGUUGGGUUUUUUUUUGGGUGAGUUAUUGUUAUGGGGAAGGUGGCGGUGGGGGCGGCGGUGGUGUGCGCGGGGUUGACGUGUGCGGCGGCGGCGCUGCUGGUCCGGCGGCGGUUGAAGAGCUCGAGGAGGUGGGCGAGGGCGAUGGCGAUAUUGAAGGAGUUUGAGGAGAAGUGUGACACGCCGAUUGGGAAGCUCCGGCAGGUCGCCGACGCCAUGACGGUGGAGAUGCACGCUGGGCUGGCGUCGGAGGGUGGCAGCAAGCUUAAGAUGCUCAUAAGCUAUGUUGAUAACCUCCCCACUGGGGAUGAGAAAGGUCUAUUUUAUGCAUUAGACCUUGGUGGGACAAAUUUCCGUGUCCUGCGUGUACAGCUUGGUGGGAAAGAAAAACGUGUUAUUAAACAAGAAUUUGAUGAAGUUUCAAUUCCACCACAUUUGAUGACCGGGACUUCAGAAGGAUUAUUUGAUUUUAUCGCUGAAGCACUUGCAAAAUUUGUCGAGACUGAAGGAGAAGGUUAUCAUCCGGCUCCUGGUAGGCUAAGGGAGCUUGGUUUUACCUUCUCAUUUCCUGUAUGGCAAACUUCAAUUGCAUCAGGAACCCUUAUCAAGUGGACAAAGGGAUUCAGUAUCGAAGACGCAGUUGAGCAAGAUGUGGUGGCCGAGCUCACCAAAUCAGUGGAAAAAAUUGGCCUGGAAAUGCGCGUUACAGCUUUGGUCAAUGAUACAAUUGGAACUUUAGCCGGAGGUAGGUACCACAAUCAGAAUGUGAUUGCCGCUGUCAUUUUAGGAACCGGAACAAAUGCCGCUUAUGUAGAACGGGCACAUGCCAUUCCAAAAUGGCAUGGACUUCUACCUAAAUCAGGAGAGAUGGUAAUCAACAUGGAAUGGGGUAACUUCCGUUCAUCACAUCUUCCUCUAACAGAAUAUGAUCAAGCCCUUGAUGCUGAGAGUUUGAACCCUGGAGAUCAAAUCUUUGAGAAGAUUAUAUCUGGGAUGUAUUUAGGAGACAUUGUGCGCAGAGUUUUGCUGAAGAUGGCCGAAGAAGCUGCCUUUUUUGGUGAUACUGUUCCUGCCAAACUGAAAGUUCCUUUUGUAUUAAGGACUCCGGACAUGUCUGCAAUGCAUCAUGACUCAUCUCCGGAUCUGAGAGUAGUUGGCAGCAAACUCAAGGAUAUCCUAGAGAUUCCCAAUACAUCUCUGAAAGUUAGAAAGGCUGUUGUGGCGUUAUGUGACAUAGUUGCCACUCGUGGAGCUCGCCUCUCUGCUGCUGGGAUCCUGGGAGUUCUUAAGAAGUUGGGUAGAGACACAGUAAAAGAUGGAGAGAAGCAUAAGUCAGUGGUAGCAUUGGAUGGUGGCUUGUUUGAGCACUACACUGAAUUCCGGGUCUGCAUGGAGAGUACUCUUGAUGAGUUGUUGGGUGAUGAAGUUGCUGAGCACGUCUCUGUUGAGCACUCAAAUGAUGGGUCCGGAAUUGGAGCUGCUCUCCUGGCAGCAUCACAUUCCCAUUAUCUUGGUUUAGAGGAGUCAUAAAAUAGGCGGGACCAGGGUAGAUGAAUGAGUGUGACAUUCUCAAAUUUUUGUAUAUGUUUCGCUUUCCCCUUGCCUUUACACAACUUGCUUCGGAACAGUUGGAGCUGCUCUGAGCUCCUAUUCCGAAAGAUGUUCCAUCCAACCCUUAAUUUAUGGUCCUUUGAGGUUGUAAUUCUCAAAGGAUCAUAAUUGGCAGUUGGAGUUUUCAGUUGGCUGAAGCUUUAGUGUCACAGCCUGUUUUGCUCCUUUCUGGGUGCCUAGGCUUUCUGUUGGUACAAGUGUAUAAGAUCAUUUCUGUUGGAUUACAUUAUAAAACAGGGGAACGUAAACUGAGUAGUUUUGCGGAAUAUCCUCUCCACUUCUCUAUAAAUAAAACAAGAGUUUUAUAGGCUCUUUUGAAACCAUUUUUCGUUCU